AUUUGGUAAAAAAUGGAGACUUUUAAAAUUCAACUUGCAAGUCUCGUUCUCUUUCUCCCAACAACCCCAUUUGAUUUGACCCGAAAGUGGCCGAAACAGUGUACUCGGUUUCUCCCCAUGGCUGCGUCCUCCUCCUCCUCCGAUCUCCCACCGCAACAACAUCAAGUAUUCAUCAAUUUCCGUGGAGAAGAUUUACGCCUGGGAUUCGUCAGCCAUCUCGUCGAAGCCUUAGAAAACGAUAACAUAAAAGUCUUCAUCGACAAUUACGCAGACAAAGGCGAACCUCUAGAAACACUUUUAACUAAGAUACAAGAGUCUCGAAUCGCUCUAGCUAUCUUCUCUGGGAAGUACACAGAAUCAACAUGGUGCUUGAGAGAGCUAGCGAUGAUCAAAGAUUGUGUUGAGAAAGGUAACCUUGUUGCUAUUCCUAUCUUCUACAAGUUGGAUCCAUCUACUGUUAGAGGUGUUAGAGGACAGUUCGGUGAUGCUUUUAGGGAUCUUGAGGAACGUGAUGUGUUGAAGAAGAAAGAGUGGAAAAAAGCUUUGAAAUGGGUUCCUGACUUAAUUGGCAUAACUGUUCAUAAUAAAAGUCCUGAGAGUGAAAUACUUAACGAAAUCGUUAGGGAGGUUAAGAAAGUGUUGAAGAAAGUUCCAUUGAAGGGAAGCCGAAAUUUCUUUGUGGAACCAUCGGAGGGAAGUCGAAAGGUCGCUGUGGAUCGAUCAGAAAUUAUCGACACUAGAACUUCGGCAGAAGGCGAAAAGGAUAAGACUUUUGGAAUCAAACAACAGUUGAAGGAGUUGGAAGAUAAGUUGGAUCUUAUUAAAUACAAGGGAACUCGUGUCAUUGGAGUUGUUGGGAUGCCGGGAAUUGGUAAAACCACGCUGCUCAAAGAGCUCUAUAAGACAUGGAAGGGAAAGUUUUCGAGGUAUGCGUUAAUCGAUCAAAUCCGUGGAAAGUCAAAUAACUUCAGGUUAGAGUGCUUGCCUACAUUGCUUUUAGAGAAAUUACUACCGGAGUUGAAUAAUCUUCAAAUAGAUAGUGUUGAAGAACCAUACAAAACUCAUAAGGGUCUGCUGCGCGAACGCAAAGUUCUUGUCGUUCUUGAUGAUGUUAGUGAAAGGGAACAAAUAUAUGCUCUUCUUGGGAAAUAUGAUCUUCAAAAUAAGCAUGAGUGGAUCAAAGAUGGCAGCAGGAUUGUCAUUGCGACAAACGACAAGUCCUUAUUGAAGGGUCUUGUUCAUGACACUUACGUGGUCCGACAGUUAAACCACAGAGACGGUUUACAACUUUUUCGCUAUCAUGCCUUUCAUGAUGAUCAAGCCAUUGCUCCCAAGGUGGAUUUCAUGAAGCUUUCUGAUGAGUUCGUGCAUUAUGCCAGAGGCCAUCCACUAGCUCUCAAAAUAUUGGGUAGAGAGCUUUAUGAGAAAAAUAUGAAGCAUUGGGAAACAAAACUGAAAAUACUCGCUCAAAGUCCCACCACUUAUAUUGGAGAGGUCGUGCAAGUAAGUUUUGAUGAAUUGAGUAUGGCGCAGAAAGAUGCAUUUCUCGACAUAGCCUGUUUCAGAUCGCAGGAUGUGGAUUAUGUAGAAAGUUUACUGGUUUCGUCUGACCCCGGAUCUGCUGAAGCAAUUAAAGCUCUCAAGAAUAAGUUCCUGAUUGAUACUUGUGACGGCCGUGUGGAGAUGCAUGAUCUACUGUAUACAUUUUCUAGGGAACUUGAUCUUAGAGCAUCCACAGGUGGUAGCAAACAACGGAGGUUGUGGCUCCAGCAAGACAUAAUUAAUGUACAACAGAAAACAAUGGGAGCUGCCGAUGUCAGAGGUAUUUUCCUAGAUUUGUCUGAAGUGAAGGGUGAAACAAGCUUAGACCGUGAACACUUCAAAAAUAUGCGCAAUCUCUGGUAUCUCAAGUUCUAUAAUUCUCAUUGUCCUCAAGAAUGUAAAACCAACAAUAAGAUAAACAUGCCUGAUGGACUUGAGCUACCAUUGAAAGAGGUCCGAUGCCUUCACUGGCUGAAAUUCCCAUUGGAGGAACUUCCAAACGAUUUUGACCCGAUUAAUCUCGUCGACCUUAAGCUGACAUACAGUGAGAUUGAACGACUUUGGGAGGGUGUUAAGGAUACACCAGUCUUAAAAUGGGUUGAUCUCAAUCACUCAAGUAAGUUGUGCAGCUUGUCAGGAUUAUCAAAGGCUCAAAAUCUUCAAAGACUGAACCUUGAAGGCUGCACAAGUCUUGAAUCCCUUCGAAAUGUGAAUUUGAUGUCUUUGAAAACUCUCACCCUCAGCAACUGCUCAAAUUUCAAGGAAUUUCCAUUGAUUCCAGAAAAUCUAGAAGCUUUAUACUUGGACGGAACAGCGAUAAGUCAACUUCCUGACAACGUGGUGAACCUCAAGAGACUCGUCUUAUUGAAUAUGAAGGACUGCAAAAUGCUGGAGACUAUUUCUACCUGUCUUGGUGAGUUGAAAGCUCUUCAAAAACUGGUACUCUCUGGUUGUUUAAAGCUCAAGGAAUUUCCAGAAAUCAACAAGAGCUCUUUAAAAUUUUUACUUCUGGAUGGGACAUCCAUCAAAACGAUGCCGCAGUUACAUUCAGUGCAAUAUUUAUGCUUAAGCAGAAAUGAUCAUAUCAGCUACCUACGGGUUGGCAUCAAUCAACUUUCUCAGUUAACACGGCUGGAUUUGAAGUAUUGUACGAAGCUUACAUAUGUUCCAGAAUUGCCACCAACCCUCCAGUACUUAGAUGCACACGGCUGUAGCUCACUGAAGAAUGUUGCAACACCACUGGCCCGUAUCGUGUCAACCGUGCAGAACCAUUGCACUUUCAACUUCACCAACUGUGGUAACCUGGAGCAAGCUGCAAAGGAGGAAAUCACAUCAUAUGCUCAAAGGAAAUGCCAGUUACUUCCAGAUGCUCGUAAACACUACAAUGAGGGUCUUAGUUCAGAGGCUUUGUUUAGCACUUGCUUUCCUGGAUGUGAGGUGCCUUCGUGGUUUUGUCAUGAAGCAGUUGGAUCUCUAUUACAACGAAAACUGCUCCCACAUUGGCAUGACGAGAGGCUUUCUGGAAUAGCUCUAUGUGCUGUAGUCUCAUUUCUUGAAGGCCAAGAUCAAAUCAGCUGCUUCUCGGUGACAUGCACCUUUAAAAUAAAAGCUGAAGACAAUUCUUGGGUCCCCUUUACUUGCCCAGUAGGAAUUUGGACUAGAGAGGGAGACGAGAAAGACAAGAUUGAGUCAGAUCAUGUUUUUAUAGCUUACAUUAGUUGCCCAAAUACAAUAAGGCGUCUCGAAGACCAGAACUCUGAUAAAUGCAAUUUUACUGAAGCCUCUCUCGAGUUUACUGUGACAAGUGGUAUAGGAGUAUUCAAGGUGUUGAAGUGCGGAUUGAGUUUGGUGUAUGAAAAUGAUAAAAACAAAAACAGUUCUCUUGAGGCAAAGUAUGAUGUUCCCGUUGAAGUGAGCUUUCAAGAACCAGGACACGGGAUAAUGGAGGAGGAAAGAAAUAUAAACAAAAGAAGAAGUGACGAUAGACGACCAAAAAAGAAGCGAAAAACAAGAAGGGAGCUAUUACCCACCGUCACUCAAACUUGUGGUGCAGGUGUAACUCCAAGAAUGGAAGAUAAACUCACUGGUUAAGCAAAUGGUUGAAAAAUCUCCAAGGUGGUGGGAUGAAUAUGUUUCAGGUGAACCACAUUCUUACAAAACAUUCAUUCAAAAGAUCAUGUAUUAGUAAAUUCUGGUUCAUGGUAGUGCAUCUAGGAGCUGUAUCAUUGGAGAAGGAUACAAAUAUCAUUGGUGGAGCAAAUCCUUCUAGAGCAGUUGGGUUCAUUUUGCUGUGUGUGUAAAGCUAAAGCAUCUACUUCAACCAAAAUCUAAUUCUGUCGACCCUGCAAUUGUUGGCUGAUGUCUAGCUCAACUGUCACCUUUCAGCUCUGAAGCUGUUGUUGUACCAGGUAAGGUUGAUCCCUCUUUUGUUUGGUUAUUUUCUAUGUGUAGCAGAAUGAUUCAGCGUGUUAAUUAUGAGGGUUAAAAGGAGUUUAUGCUGUUGCUAGAUGAACCUGUUCUUUAAGUGCAAUCUGUUUUUGUUUCCCUGCUCUAAAUUUAAAGGAAAUCUCCAUUUA